UAAGAACUCGUACUGCUUACGUUGUAUUUUGCAUGACAAUAAUUAACUGAUAAAAACAUUAUAAUACCCUUCUCUUUUCAAAUAUCUUGAGUGCCAAGCGACUUCCCGCAAUGGAUUUCUCUGACCAAGUCGUGCUGGUAACAGGAGCGAGUGCGGGCAUCGGGAAAGCUAUUGCUGAGCUGCUGGCUGAACAUGGAGCCACGCUGGCACUAGUAGGGAGGAAUGCUGAGAACCUCAGGAUGGUGGCAGAGAAGUGUCGAGGGGUGAAAGGAAAAGACGUAUUGGAAAUUGUGUCGGAUCUCGCUACUGACGAUGGCUGUGAGCAGAUUGCCAAGGCAACUGUUCAAAGAUUUGGAAGACUGGAUGUUCUAAUAAACAAUGCGGGAAUGGGAGCAAGAACGUGCAUCCAGCGCGCAGAAAUGACGACUUUUGAUGAGGUAUUCAACACCAAUGUGCGAGGUGUUUACAACCUCACCCGCUUGCUUGUACCAGAGCUCAUCAAGAGUAAAGGAAAUAUCGUCAACGUCUCCAGUGUCAGCGCUUAUAUGACUUCUGUUGGGUCUUUACCAUAUAGCAUGUCAAAGGCUGCUUUGGACCACUUCACAAGGUGCAUAGCAUUGGAGUUGGCACCCCUUGGAGUCAGGGUCAAUACAAUCAGCCCUGGUGUAACUCGUACGACGUUCGUGCAGCGUCUAACAGGCUACGACUCGUCCCAGUACGAGUCAUGGCUCAGUGACGCAGCGCGAGGGAUCCCUCUGGGCCGCGUCUGUGAUGCAGCGGAGAUUGCCAGGAUGGUGGCGUGUGUGGCGUGGUCUGGAGCCAGCGCAGUCACCGGCGCCAUUCUACCAGUAGACGGGGGGCUGGCGCUAGCUGGCGUUGGACACAGCGAUAUCAUGACACGGCAAAUGAAAUAGACAACAGAUAGGGACUUACAUUUUAAAGGAAAUUAAAACUAUAAUGAUCUCUACAGAAACUAAACUUUCACAACAACCAUUUAAACUUGUAGUAUUUUUGUCUACGCACUCUUUUUUACCAACUAAUUUUUUUGUUAGUAUUUCAUUGUAUUUUUAUGACGAUUUAUAAACAAUUUUGCGUAAAGCAUCAACUCUGCUUUAUUGUCAGAAUCAAUAGCUGAGGUACAGGGAGUUUCGAACCCAAAUAUUUACCUCUUAACAAGAAACCUGACUUUGCCCCCGGGAACGGUAAUAAACUUUUCUAUUGUACUUGCGGUUGCUUCCGAUGUUGUUAUUAUUGUUGACUAAUCAUUGCAUUUGGUUUUGUUAGCUUAAACUUAAUUUAGAUGUUUGACAGUCUUCAGUUAUGUCUAUGCUAUGAUAAUAUUCCUGGAUGUUGUAUUUCUAUUUAUAAGCCCUGACAAUGUAGUUACAAAAGUAAUUUUCGAAUCGAAUAAGAAGACUAAAUGUUGCAAAAAAAUUAUCUGUAAUGUGACAAAUAGUAAUGUUUCCUAAAUCGUUUUGAAUGUAAAGGCUCUUAUGCUUAAGCUAUCUAAUGCUUCAAGAAAUAGGCACAGUAUUUACCUAUACUAUAAAAUACUUCUUUUUCAAUAUGAAAUUCUGAAAACUUUAAUUAUAUCACAAAACGCAAGAAGCAUACACGCAAUUAUUGUACAAUACAUUUUCUGUUAUUGUGCACAAGAUGGCUUUUAUUAAAUUUUAUCUGAACUAACAA